AUGAAGAGACGUCUUCGAAGUCAUGCACUGAGUGUCUUGUCUGUCUGGCUAGCUGAGGCACUGCACUGUUACACAUGCAUGGGGUCAACAGAUGAGGAGUGCAAUCUCCAGGGAUCCAAAGUAUGCCCAAGUUACUCAGAUGCAUGUACUAUUAUCAAAGGAGACGGCAGUGGUGUGCUGAAGUCAUGUUCCUACAAAUCCUUCUGCAGUCAAGCUAACAGCCAAGGUGACAGUGUUGCAGGGGUGAAGGUUCACUGCUGCUACUCAGAUGACUGUAACGUAAUGGGACAUGGCACCCGGCUCAGCAGAGGGUUUAGCUAUCUCUUGGUCCUUCUGCCACUGUUUUGGCAUCUUUUGUCAAGCUAGAAUUGUCAGCAUGAUAUUAAAUUGUUUCAUACAGGGGAAGUCACAUUAUGAGCUAAGUAGCCUUUAAGUGUAAUAAUGUCUCUGGUCAUGCAAAUUAAACCGAACAA